UCUGUUUUGUGCUGUACGAUUAGUGACUGAGAUGCCUGAGCCGGCGAAAUCUGCUCCCGCGCCCAAGAAGGGCUCCAAGAAAGCGGUGACCAAGACCCAGAAGAAGGGGGAUAAGAAGCGCCGCAAGACCAGGAAGGAGAGUUACUCCAUUUAUGUCUACAAGGUGCUGAAGCAGGUUCACCCCGACACCGGCAUCUCUUCUAAGGCCAUGGGCAUCAUGAACUCCUUCGUCAACGACAUCUUCGAGCGCAUCGCUGGGGAGGCGUCUCGCCUGGCGCAUUACAACAAGCGCUCCACCAUCACCUCCCGGGAGAUCCAGACCGCCGUGCGCCUGCUGCUGCCCGGGGAGCUGGCCAAACACGCCGUGUCGGAGGGCACCAAGGCGGUCACCAAGUACACCAGCUCUAAGUAACCGCGCGGUGUGGUUCUCCCCCAAAGAGGUGUCAAUUCCAAAACCCCAAAGGCUCUUUUAAGAGCCACC